AUGGACGAACUCCCUAAGUCUCUGCUUCUAGAAAUUCUGAGUCGACUCGACGACUCAGCAGACGUAGCUCGCUGCCGAGUCGCUUCCAAGGCUUUCAAUACUCUUUUUCCAGACCUUCGAUCAAUUAAUCUUUUAUGCCCGAGGAAAUGGCGUGGCAGUUCAAGCUCUACGGGUUCUUCGAGUUCUUUGAAGAAGGUUUUUGUCGAUCUUCUUUCGAAACUGAGAAUCGUUGAAUCGGUGCGUCUCCGCCUUCACCUUGAAGACGCCGUUGAUGAGGAUUUUGCUAAGGAGUGGCUGCCUAGGGUGUCCCGCUCCUUGAAAUCGCUUUCGUUAUCUGCUCUUCCGUACUCAAUUGUUUUGUACUCGAAUGCUUUGCCGCUGAUUUCUACGCAUUGUCAUAAUCUAACUAAGUUAAAUCUAGGUCUUCCAUGCCUGUAUGUGGACCACUUGAAUCCAAUGCCAAUGCUGACAAGUUUGACACUUGAAUGCACAAUAUUACAAGACCAUCACCUACACCAGUUGAAUAAGUGUUUCCCUAAUCUUCAACUUCUUAAGUUGGUAUGUCUCAAAGGACUUAAAGAGCCUAAGAUCCACCUUCUCAACCUCCAAACCUGUCAUUGGGUUGUAUAUAAUGGUCAACCAUCUUUGACUCUAAUCACCCCCAACCUUUUAACACUCAGAAUUGAAUGUUCGACUCCUAUUGCAAUUCAUGUUGAAGCUCCCGUGUUAUCUCGCUUUUAUCUUAGACUUUAUGCCCUUAAACAUGUUGGCGCAUUAACCGCGGAAAAGUUUCAGAAUUUGAAAACACUUUGGCUGGACUCUAUGUAUAUUGACUCCGUACUUUCUGAAUUCCCGAUCACCAAAACAGUAACAAAUCUGACAUUGGAUUCGGGAAACAAGGCUUCAAGAGACGCCAAAGAUUCAAAAUUGACCCUAGGGAUGGUGUUCACAACUUUCCCGAACCUGACUUCUCUAUGUAUCAAAUCAAAUGUUUGGUCGGAAUUAGAAGCUUGUUUGAAUCCAGAAGGUUGGGAGAUUUUGGAUGGGAGGAUAGGAUUGAAAACAAUUUGUGCAUAUCUGAAGUUAGUUGACCCGUCCUUGACUUUCUCAUAUGUUGCUUUUAUGUUGGACCGAUGCAAAGGCUUGUCAGAGGUAUCUUUCCUCAUCCAUGCUGGUGUUGUUGGUACUGAAUCAAACACUUUCAUGUCUAAGUGCAUGGCCCGUUGGCCUGGGUUGAAGUGGCGAUGGGGAGUAUGGAGUGCUUAUAUGGAAGAUUCAUGGAUAACCGAUGGUGUAUCUGACUGGAUACCGCAAAUCAUUUAA